AGUGAGUGAGUGAGUGAGAGACAGAACAUCACAGAAUGAAAGACGGAUGCUGACUUUCACAGAACAGUUUCCUUUGGCCUCCCGAAAUGGAAACUCUCUAGUGGCAUAUCUCGUAGUUAACAUCAUUUGACAAGGGGAAUUACGUAAAACUCACUUAACCGCCGGUCAGAAUAUUGGGAAAUGAGAACGCGGCGGCGUGGCAGAACAGGCCCACCGCCACCGAACGCAAUCCAUUUCCUUCCGUAUCCAUUUUCUUCCUUUCUUUAUUUCUCCCCAAAAAAAGAAAAAAAGAAAAAAGAUGGGUAUGAUUCAGGAGCCACUCUCCGUUAACUGUGGCGCUAAAUCGCUCCUUCCUCUUUCUAUUUUUGGAUUCUUGACGCCGUGUUCUUUGCUGCACUAAUCUCCACCACCCCUUUUCUUCUUUUUCCAUUUUCUUUUUGGGGGGGUGGGGAAUUUUUGUUUCAGGGUUUUCUUCUCUUAAUCUCUCCGAUUCGGAGGGGGAAGGAGGAGGAAGGAGGAGGAGGAAAUGAUUCUCUGAAGCGAAUGAUUUGGGUUCUUCUGUUCUGUUAACAAACUGCCGAUUUCGGUUGCGGUUUUUGAUUCCUUGGUGGCUUUUUUUUUAUAAAAGAAAAAAUUAUAUUGGGUGCGGCCAAUAUGCCUUGCUUUUCUUCUUGUAUUUCUCGUACUCAAGAAGGGAGCCGGGUCGAAACUGAUAGUUGUAUUCGAUAUGAAUCCCGCCAUUCUAAUAAUUCCUCAGGUACAUGGAGGGGAAAAGAAGGUGAGAGCAAGCAUGAAAGCUGUCCGAAGGGGAGCGCAGCUGCUCGUAGUUUUACGUUUCGUGAACUCGCCAUGGCUACAAGAGGUUUCAAGGAAGUAAAUUUGCUUGGAGAGGGUGGUUUUGGACGUGUAUACAAAGGACGUUUGGAAUCAGGACAGAUUGUCGCAGUUAAACAGCUUAAUCGUGAUGGGCUUCAAGGCUUUCAGGAAUUUAUUGUGGAGGUUCUCAUGUUGAGUCUGUUGCACCAUCCUAAUCUCGUCACCUUGAUUGGUUACUGUACUGAUGGGGAUCAAAGGCUUUUGGUUUAUGAGUUCAUGCCUAUGGGAAGCCUGGAAGAUCAUCUUUUUGAUUUAGGUACUGACAAAAAGCCUUUGAGUUGGAAUACAAGGAUGAAGAUUGCAGUCUCCGCUGCUCGAGGCCUUGAGUAUCUCCACUGCAAAGCAAAUCCACCAGUCAUAUACCGUGACUUGAAAUCAGCUAAUAUCUUAUUGGACGAUGACUUUAAUCCUAAGCUUUCCGAUUUCGGCCUGGCUAAACUGGGACCUGUUGGUGACAAUACUCAUGUUUCAACUAGAAUAAUGGGAACGUAUGGAUAUUGUGCUCCAGAGUAUGCCAUGAGUGGCAAAUUAACCGUUAAAUCUGAUAUUUACAGCUUUGGUGUUGUUCUACUUGAGCUCAUUACAGGGCGCAAGGUAAUUGAUAUAAAAAGGAGACCAGGAGAGCAGAACCUAGUUGCUUGGUCCCGCCCUCUACUUAAGGACCGGAGAAGGUUUAUGGAACUAGUCGAUCCUCUUUUGGAAGGACACUUCCCUCUUCGUUGUUUGCAACACGCAGUUGCAAUUACUGCAAUGUGUCUUCAGGAACAACCAUCAUUUCGCCCUCUUAUUACUGAUAUUGUUGUAGCACUCGAGUAUUUGGCCUCUCAAAGUUGUUUACGAGAACUACGCAGUCAUAGGUUUAACAAUUCAUCUCAAACAUCGCCCCCACAACAGAAUAAAGACAUCCAUGCCGAGGAAUCAGAUCCUUAAGAUUGCUAAACUUCUUCUUGGAUGUUGCUGUAUCGAAGUUGCUGAAAAAGCCAUGUUCAUACACAUUUGUGAAGCGUGUAAGAUAAAAGCAGAGUGAAGCAUGUUUUGUAAUGUAAUAAAUGCCGUUCAAAACGAUUAGUUAUAUCAUCUGUACAGAACCUACGUACUUAACUCAACAGAGAAGAGAAUGUUUUGAAGAAACACGUGUUACACCCGACUUCAUCCAAAAGCAGCUUGGUUAAAAGGUACAUAUCGACUACAUGCUGUAUUAACUUGAGUUAAGUUUUCAACGCCUCGGCUCAGGUCAGACGACCGGGAAAGCUACUUGGGAUUGUUCCAAGGUACAUAUCUGUGUCUUUGCUCUGAUAUAUCUUUGUACAUGAAUAACACUCCUAAAUGAAAACUGUGUAUGUAGUUUGUAAGAUGGUCCCUGAUUUUUUCCCCCACCUUAUCAUCUUUUUUUCUUUUAUAUAUGUUUUAGAGAGGUGAAGAAAGUGCUCUCUUUCUUUUUCUGUGCAAUGCAUUACACUUCUAUAUAUAUACAUAUAUAUGUAUAAAUGAAAAAAAAUAUGAGUUAUGUUAUGAAUAAAACAAACAUUUCUCUCCUUUUGCAA